AUGUGGAUUAAGCAGGGAAGUUAUUACGGGGAAAAAAUAAACGUUCAGGAACAAAUGCGAAUCUCUGACAAAAUAUUCAUUGCACUCUAUUAUGUGUUUAUAGUUAAUGGCCUUUUGAAACAAAAUUACUUGAUCAAAAAAUGCCCAUACAGACCUAAACUAAUCACUGACUUUGCUAUUCUACCACAGAAAAGGCCUAACUACCUUCACGAACUAGAACUUUACUACAUAGAUAUUACUGGAGGAAAAGUUAAAACUAACAGUAAAAAGGAAACUCUCAGGCCCACCAAUCCUUCUUUACACUUAAAACCUUAUUUAUCUCUUAUGCUUUGUGAUGGAUGCUUAAGUAGAGGUGUGUCGGAAAUCUUUUGGCCUCCUGAUUGUAAAGUGUCAUCCCGGAACACCCACCUUACAGUGUCUGAAGGUACGACUCAGGCGUUACUGAUUGAGGAAUGUUGCGUGACACCUUCCUCUAUUGUCAAAAAUAAGGCUUUGAACAUUUUAUUCGGUGGACUUACAGUUCUUCUCCUAAAGGAGUUCUUUAAGGAACAAAUCUUUUUGGUGCCUCAAAAAUAUGUAAGAAGAGGAAAUCUUGAAGCUUUUCCUUUACAUAAGAAAGAGUCCAGCAGGCGCGUCACUAAAUAUUCUUGGUGCCCAAACAAACGUAACCUUACCUUGAGUUUGGGUUUGGGCCUUACUCUAUCAAGUGACCACGAUGGACAAAAAAACUCAAAAAAUGCAAGCACAAAUGUAAUCAAAACCCCACCACCACAUCGAGAGCAUGAUUUUAGCAAUUACAUUCCCGAAUUUCCUCCCCGAUGUGAACACCCUCUAAUUGGUUUGAGUACUACCAAACUUAGCUUCUCAAACAGUUCCUUAAGAGCUACCUGGCAUCAUUUCUUCAUUAACCAUCUUGUUGAACUGAAGCCGGAAGUCAAAGCGAUUUUAAAAGUUAUUUUCUUUGACCCAUUUUCAUAUUUUAAUAAAACUUUGAUAGAAUUAAAAAAAAAAAAACAUUUCCGAAUCGGGGGAUAUUUGCCCAUAAAACGAAUUGUUUUGCUAUCCCUCUCAAAGACUGUUUGCAUUUUAACCGCCUCUAAAUGGAAUCGGAAGCAGACGACGCUUGUCUGUGGAAUCAGUGACGAGUCUUUAAAAGCUAACUCACUUUACCUAUCAUUGUAUUUUGAAGAGGCUGAUUUCAUACAGAAAUCUUCAAUGGUAGUUUUCGUCAGUAUUCGAGACAAUAACUACAAGGCCCUAAAUUUGGAAAGACAAGGGAACUGUUAA